UGCCAUGCACCACAUCUAAGAAGAGUAGCCUCCUGAACUCAGCCUUAAAAAUGAAUCCAGUUACGACGCAGCCACGAUACGGCGCGGGAGGCAUGGCCGUCAGUGACUGGCAAACCGGCGUGUUUGACUGCUGUGAUGACAUGGGGAUUUGUCUCUGUGGGACUUUCUGUCCACUGUGCCUCUCGUGCCAGAUUGCCUCUGACAUGGAUGAAUGCUGCCUGUGCGGAGCAAGUGUCGCCAUGAGGACCCUCUACCGGACCCGAUACAACAUCCAGGGGUCCAUCUGCAAUGAUUUCAUGUGGCUUGGAUGUUUUCCUAACUGCACCCUUUGUCAACUCAAGCGAGAUAUUGAAAAGAGAAAAGCAAUGAAUUGUUUCUAAAAGACCGAAUUCAUAUUUUGGAAAAGAGGUUGGAAUGGAAUCUGCAUCUCAACUCAAAGUCCAAGAACAAAUUUAAAGCUAAUCAAAUUACUUCACAUGCCUGCUAAACCAUUUUUUCCCCCAGCUGCUAUGGAAAACAAUGCAUUUCUGGGCCUUUCUCCACGACGACUUCUCUAACAAUUCUUGUGUCUUUAAAUAAUGCUUCAUGGAAAGUUACAAAAUGCUUCCUUUAACAAAUAAACCCAAGAUUGUCAAAAUGUUA